GUCUUUACAUCGUUCACAGUCCGCCAUGUUUUUCGACACAAAGUGAAAGCCUUCUGGAGUUCUCUGUUGCAUUUCUGGCCAUCCGGUCACACUGAGCCGUUGAGAUCCAGAAAUGUUCAUACUCCAUCCUGCUCUGCCUCAUCAAGGGCUGCAACACGGACUACUAUCCACACGAAAACACAUCAUGCGGUAGGAAGAGGAACGAGGGGUACGCCAUCUUCUCUCGCGGUUCGUUUUCUCCCACCUGCUCUACUACUCGAGCGCUCUUCACCCAGUGGAGAAGGGACCUGGGAGCAACGCACCAUUGAGAUUGCCGACUGUUUAUCACGUAUUCGCAAGGAGCAAGAUCAGAAACAUUAAGGCUUUGUUUGUUGUUGCGCUUGAGUAAAGGAAGCCACACGACGAGAUGUCAAGUAGUCGAGCAAUUGUGUCAAUAGCAGAAUGAUCAGAGUACAGUUAAUCGGGUGAACCUGACGAGGCUGCGACUCAUUCUGAUUUUAUUUGAAAUGACGACUAUGCUUGUAGAGAUGAAGGUAUUUGUUUUUAUUCUUGGGAGUCGCAGUCCUCUAAGAGCGUGUCCGCAUUGUUUGGAGUACUCCUGUUCGUUCGUAUCAUUCAGAAGGUGUCCCAUGGGCGUACUUCUUCCGACAGAGCUUCUGGCGGUUCGUUUUGCAUCAUUACACUUCGGCGCCAGUGAUAGCCAUUCUAGAUGACGACGCCUGUCUGAUCGCGCCAGUGUCUGCACCACAGUUUUUCACUGAACAAGUCAAGCCUGGCGGUCGCAGGAAUGAUGGUCAUCGAUGUUUUCCGGAAGAACACGUACAGGGUCUGCAAUUGCGAGUGCGCGCGGUGACGCCACAUCAUGCGGCGUGGUCAUUUCGAGGCGGGACAGAGCGGAUAUUCGGUCAAAUGGUGUUCGUAUUCAUGACGGAUCUGCCGUUGCUUGUUUGGCGUCAAGGCAUGGUGGAAUUCGAAGCUUUCCUG